AUGCUGAGCGGUAAAGUGGCAGUGGUUACCGGCAGCGGGCGAGGGAUCGGAGCAGCGACAGCGCGUCUACUAGCAGCACAGAGAGCCAGAGUUGUCGUCAACGACAUACGCCCCGAGGUAGCGGAGGACGUUGCGAGUAGCAUCAGGAACCAAGGUGGAACAGCCAUCUCAGUCGCAGGCAACGUGAUGGAGCCUGAGUUUCCCAUGAAGAUUCUCAGCAAAGCCAAUUCGGAGUUCGGCUCUGUUGACAUUCUUGUGAACAAUGCUGGCUUCACCUGGGAUGGGAUGAUUCAGAACAUGACAGACGAGCAGUGGGAUGUAAUCAUCAACGUCCACGUCAGUUCCCCUUUCCGUAUGAUACGAGCUGCGGCUCCAUACAUGCGGGACCUGGGGAAGAAGGAGCUGCAAGCGGGAGAGGCGCCCAAGGACAGGAGCAUCGUCAACAUCUCGAGCACGUCAGGCUUGCAUGGAAACGUAGGACAAGCCAACUAUGCAGCAGCAAAGAUGGGGGUGAUUGGAUUGACAAAGACCGUAGCCAAGGAAUGGGGUCCUUUCGGCGUCCGAUGCAACGCCGUCGCCUACGGGUGGAUCAGUACUCGGCUCACAAGGUCUACGGAGCAGGGAGAGGUGGUCGAGGGGCUGAAUCAGACGGUCACGCAAGGGAUUCCUCCUCACGACCCCGAGAAGCUGCGGCAGGCCGUCCCUCUUGCAAGGAUCGGAACGGACGAGGAGGCUGCUGGAGGCGUGAUGAUGCUCGUCUCUCCUUGGGCGAGCUACAUCACAGGGCACACGUUGGAGGUGACAGGCGGGUUUGGAAUUUGA